GGGCAGCAAGGUGAAAUUGAGCCAGCUCUCAAAUCAUCAGUUCUCCAUGCUCUUGUAGGCCAAGAUGAUAAGGUCUGUAGUCUAGCCUUUUGUCAGGCCCUCAACCUGCCUUGGAUCAUUUAGACUCAGAGACCUUGCUUCUGCUGACUGCAAUCAGGCCUCUGAAAUACCCUCCCAGAGACUCUUUCCUCCCCAGGUUGUGUCUCCUGGCACCCUGCCUGGUUGCCUUGGAAACAGGUUCCACUGCGGACAAAGGAGGGAGCUGGGUCCUGCUUCCUCUUGGUCCUGCCAAUGAGGAUUUUUAGACCGUGGAGACUGCGCUGUCCUGCCCUGCACUUGCCCUCAUUCCCCACAUUCUCUAUUAACUGGAGUUUGCCUUCUGUCACUACUGACGAGGACAUGUGUAAGAGUGUGACCACAGGCGAGUGGAAGAAAGUCUUCUACGAGAAGAUGGAGGAGGCAAAGCCAGCUGACAGCUGGGACUUUAUCAUAGAUCCCAACCUCAAGCACAAUGUGUUGGCCCCUGGCUGGAAGCAGUACCUGGAACUUCAUGCCUCAGGCAGGUUCCACUGCUCCUGGUGCUGGCACACCUGGCAGUCGCCCCAUGUAGUCAUCCUCUUCCACAUGUACCUGGACCGUGCCCAGCGUGCUGGUUCGGUGCGCAUGCGCGUGUUCAAGCAGCUGUGCUACGAGUGCGGCACAGCACGGCUGGACGAGUCAAGCAUGCUGGAGGAGAACAUCGAAAGCCUGGUGGACAACCUCAUCACCAGCCUGCGCGAGCAGUGCUAUGGAGAGCGUGGUGGCCACUACCGCAUCCACGUGGCCAGCCGCCAGGACAACCGGAGACAUCGUGGCGAGUUCUGCGAGGCCUGCCAGGAAGGCAUCAUUCACUGGAAGCCCAGCGAGAAGCUGCUGGAGGAGGAGGCGACCACCUACACCUUCUCCCGUGCGCCAAGCCCCACCAAACCACAGGCCGAAGCUGGCUCAGGCUGCAACUUCUGCUCCAUUCCCUGGUGCUUGUUUUGGGCCACGGUCCUGUUGCUCAUCAUCUACCUGCAAUUCUCCUUCCGUAGUUCUGUCUAAGAUUCCAGCGUGGGUCUGAGGCUUGGGGUGGGGCAGCUGGUGGGAAGGGAUGAGGUGAGACCUGGCUUGG